AUGUGGAAAACAGUUGAUCUUUCUUUGUAUCCAGCUAAAAACUCAUAUCAUGUCUGGAAGAAGUUCUUUCCAAGCUAUGAACUUUAUCCAGUGUACAAAUCUUAUCUUUACUCGAUUGAACGUACUGAUCUUACAAGAUUGAUCAUUCUGCAUUCGUUUGCCGAAAUAUAUGCUGAACUUUCGAAUGUUGUUUAUCUGUUGACAAAUUUCGCUUCUUUCAUUCGACGACAAACGAUUCGUCAACAUCUGGAUCAUCUUAAGAAUGAAUGGCAGUACUUUUACACUCAUUCUUCUUCCAUCAAUCGAAUUCAGAAAACGAUCGUUCUCUUACAACAAGUACAUCUUGUCAAUGAAGUCCAAGAAAAGAAAAUUCAUUUUCUGGACGUUGGUUUUGACAAAAUUAGCUUCAAUCAUUUCAUUUAA